CGAGAGGAUAAGUUGAGGGAACAUGGCGACGUCUAAUUUGCUAAAGAACAAAGGCUCCCUUCAGUUUGAGGAUAAAUGGGACCUGAUGCGUCCCAUCGUACUGAAGCUGCUACGGCAGGAGUCCGUCACCAAACAACAGUGGUUUGACCUGUUCUCAGACGUCCACGCUGUAUGCCUGUGGGAUGACAAAGGUCCAGCUAAGAUCCACCAGGCCCUCAAAGAGGACAUCCUAGAUUUCAUCAAACAAGCACAAGCACGUGUGUUGAGUCACCAGGACGACACGGCGUUGCUGAAGGCCUACAUAGUGGAGUGGAGGAAGUUCUUCACGCAGUGUGACAUCCUGCCCAAGCCUUUCUGCCAGCUGGAGAUCACUCUGAUGGGCAAGCAAGGAAGCAACAAGAAGUCCAACGUGGAGGACAGCAUCGUCCGCAAGUUGAUGCUGGACACCUGGAACGAGUCCAUCUUCUCCAACAUUAAAAACAGGCUACAGGACAGCGCCAUGAAGCUGGUCCACGCUGAGAGGCUGGGAGAGGCCUUCGACUCCCAGCUGGUCAUCGGCGUGCGAGAGUCCUACGUGAAUCUGUGCUCCAACCCCGAUGACAAGCUGCAGAUCUACAGGGACAACUUCGAGAAGGCGUACAUGGAUUCAACGGAGAGGUUCUACAGAACACAGGCGCCUGCCUACCUUCAGCAGAACGGGGUCCAGAACUACAUGAAAUAUGCUGAUUCAAAGCUGAGGGAAGAGGAGAAACGAGCGCUGCGAUACCUGGAGACGAGACGAGACUGUAACUCUGUUCAAGCACUGAUGGAGUGUUGCGUCAACGCACUCGUCACAUCAUUCAAGGAGACCAUCUUAGCCGAGUGUCCAGGCAUGAUCAAACGAAACGAGACAGAGAGUGAGUACGGCAGGACCGCUCCCACCAAAGGCUCGGCCAGCUCAGAGUUGCACCUGAUGUUCUCCCUCAUGGACAAAGUGCCCAGCGGCAUCGAGCCCAUGCUGAAGGACCUGGAGGAGCACAUCAUGAGCGCUGGUCUGGCUGAUAUGGUGGCCUCAGCAGAGACCAUCACCUCUGACUCGGAGAAGUACGUGGAGCAGCUGCUCACCUUGUUUAACCGCUUCAGUCGACUGGUGAAAGAGGCCUUUCAGGACGACCCGCGCUUCCUGACAGCGAGAGACAAAGCGUACAAAGCUGUUGUGAAUGACGCCACUAUAUUUAAGUUAGAACUCCCCAUGAAACAGAAAGGGGUGGGCCUGAAAACUCAGCCGGAGUCCAAGUGUCCAGAGCUGCUGGCCAACUACUGUGACAUGCUGCUGAGGAAGACCCCGCUGAGCAAGAAGCUCACCUCCGAGGAGAUCGAGGCCAAACUCAAGGAAGUGCUGUUAGUGCUGAAGUACGUCCAGAACAAAGACGUGUUCAUGCGCUACCACAAAGCCCACCUGACCCGUCGACUCAUCCUGGACAUCUCAGCGGACAGCGAGAUCGAGGAGAACAUGGUGGAGUGGCUCAGGGAAGUAGGAAUGCCGGCCGACUAUGUCAACAAGCUGGCCAGGAUGUUUCAGGACAUCAAGGUGUCAGAGGACCUCAACCAGUCUUUCAAAGAAAUGCAUAAACAUAACAAGCUUGCUUUACCAGCCGACUCGGUCAACAUAAAGAUCCUGAACGCCGGAGCCUGGUCGAGGAGCAGCGAGAAGGUUUUCGUCUCUCUGCCGACAGAGCUGGAAGAUUUGAUACCAGAGGUAGAAGACUUCUAUAAGAAGAACCACAGCGGCAGGAAGCUUCACUGGCAUCACCUCAUGUCCAACGGCAUCAUAACCUUUAAGAACGAGGUGGGCCAAUACGACCUGGAGGUGACCACCUUCCAGCUGGCUGUGCUGUUUGCCUGGAACCAGAGACCCAGAGAGAGGAUCAGCUUUGAAAACCUCAAGCUAGCCACCGAGCUGCCGGACGCCGAGCUGCGACGCACUCUCUGGUCUCUGGUGGCGUUUCCCAAACUCAAGCGGCAGGUGUUGUCCUACGACCCCGUGGUGUCUUCACCCAAAGACUUUGCAGAAGGAACGCUGUUCUACGUCAACCAGGAGUUUUCUCUCAUAAAAAACUCAAAGGUUCAGAAAAGGGGGAAGAUUAACCUGAUUGGUCGGCUGCAGCUCACCACAGAGCGAAUGAGAGAAGAGGAGAACGAGGGCAUCGUCCAGCUCAGGAUACUGAGAACGCAGGAGGCCAUAAUCCAGAUCAUGAAGAUGAGGAAGCGCAUCAACAACGCCCAGCUGCAGACGGAGCUGGUGGAGAUCCUAAAGAACAUGUUUUUACCACAGAAGAAGAUGAUCAAGGAGCAGAUCGAGUGGCUGAUAGAUCACAAGUACAUAAAGCGGGAUGAGACCGAUAUAAACACCUUCAUCUACAUGGCAUAGCACGGCACGUCAGGAGGACCCGUGUUGACUUUGGUUUCAGUGGAUCAGGCCUGAUGGACACUAAGAUACUUCCAGGCUCCCCGUCCUCUAUUUAAAAAAAAAAACAAAAAAAAUCCAAUCUCGUGCAGGGAGGCAUGAAUUU